AUGGCUGUCACCUGGGGAAGGAGCUCCCGCCGCCUGUUGAACCAGCUCUCGCGCAGCAGCGGUGCGACACUGUCUGCCAGCAGCAGCAGCAGCAGCGCCAGCAUCUCCCGAAGGGCGGCUUCCUCAGCAGCAAGACCUACCGACGAUGUAGACCUCUAUUCGGCCUCUUCGUCAUGCUCGUCCUCGUCGCUUGCCUCCUCGAGUUCAAACCCUGACCAUUUCGGCGGAAGGAGAAGGACGUACGGACAACCACUCCCUCACUCGCACCCACACCUGUUCCCGCGCCGCGGUGUGCUGGGCUCCGAAGACGCUGUUCUCCGCCCGGGAGAUGCGCUCCCUAGCGCUCAGCUGUACGACGAAGGCGUAGGCAUUGUAGCCACCGAACAGCUCACGCCUGGCAUCCCCAAAUCUGAAUACGAGGAGCGACGCAGAAAGCUCAUGGACCGUCUUCCGGACAACAGCGUUGUCGUCGCCAUGUCCGGCAGGGUCAAGAGCAUGAGCGGCAACAUCUUCUACAAGUUUCGCCAAGAGACCAACUUUUGGUACCUGACUGGGUUCCAGGAGCCCGAUUCGGCGGUCAUUCUGGAAAAGGAUGCUUCGAGUCCACGCGGCUACAAGAUGACCAUGUUCGUGCAGAAGCGCGACGAGCACAACGAGACGUGGAACGGGCCUCGUACCGGCCUGGAUGGUGCUGUGGAUAUCUUUGGCGCUGAUGAGAGCUUCGAGUUGGACCCGGCCAUCUUGUUGCACCAUCUCAAGCAGAUCCUGCCCAAGUACACGCACAUCUACGUCGAACCGCCCAGCCAGCCCAGCACACCUCGACGCGGCAACACAGCAGCCACAAAAGCAGGCAACCUUCUCAACUACCUCAGCCCUCCCAGUACCACGUCGUUGGAUCUGUUUUCGAAGAAAUCCGACUUUGAUGCGGUCAUCAAGCUGCUGGGCGACACGCGCAAGUGUCACUCUCUUGCACGCGAGGUGGAGCGGCUGCGAUUCAAGAAGUCGCUCAACGAGAUCCGGGUCAUGAAACGGGCUGGGCGAAUCAGUGGGGAGGCAAUGGCGGAGACUAUGGGAUUCGUGCGCACGGGCGUGUCGGAAGCGCAGCUGCAGGCGGUAUUCGAGUACCACUGCAACCUGCGGGGAUCGCAACGACCCGCGUACGUACCCGUGGUAGCAUCGGGUGCCAACGCGCUCACGAUCCACUACGUCAAUAACGACCGCCUCGUGGGACCGGAUCAGCUGGUGUGCAUCGAUGCGGGCGGGGAACUGGACGGCUACGCUUCCGACAUCACGCGUGCCUUCCCCUCGAACGCCAACGGCCUAUUCUCGGAACCGCAGAAAGACCUCUACACGGCUGUGCUCAACGUUCUCAAGCAGUGCACUGCGCUCGCCACCGAGUCGCAAUGCUACACGCUCGCCGACCUGCAUCGACGCAGCGUCGAUUUUCUGCGCCAGGAACUCAAGCAGAUCGGCUUCCAUCUGACGGGCGGUACGCUCGAACGCAUCCUCUACCCACACUACAUCGGCCACUGGCUCGGCAUCGACCUGCACGACUGUGCCAGUGUUGAGCGCACCACCAAGCUCGAAGACGGCGUCGUAGUGACGAUUGAACCGGGAGUGUAUGUGCCGUACGACGAUGCGUUCCCCAAGCAUUUCCAGGGAAUCGGCAUCCGGGUGGAGGACGACAUUGCCGUGCAGGAGGCGGCCAACAUCGUGCUAUCCUCGAGCGCGCCAAAGGAGGUCGUCGACGUCGAAGCAGCGUGCACGCGGUUCCUCGAUCAGCAGCAUUCCAAUGCGCAUGCGGCGAACUGGCAGCCGAGCCUCACUUCCUAG